AUGGGUUUUUCCGCGAUCGACUAUGAGGGAGAAUUAUUCUCCUGUUUCGCAUUUCAUGCUGCUCUCGUCAUCCUGAAAGUUCUGCUAAUGGUUCCACUGACUGCUAGACAGCGCUUCGCCAAAGCUGUGUUUUCCAACGCCGAGGAUGCCAGGUUGCAUCCGAAAGGGAAGGUCAGCCUCGUGGAUCCCGACGUUGAACGUGUUCGUCGGGCACAUCUAAACGAUCUGGAGAAUAUACCCUUCUUUGUGCUCAUCGGAUGGUUUUACCUAAUGACGAAUCCUAGCCUGGUGAUCGCCAAGAAUAUGUUCCGUCUGUUCACGGUUUGUCGGUACCUUCAUACUUUCGUUUACGCGGUCGUCCCAUUGCCUCAGCCGGCACGUGGCAUUGCAUUCUUCGGCGCUUUUCUUGUCAUUGUGGUGAUGACUGUUAGCGUGCUGCUCGCAGCUUUUUAA